CUCCCUAUCCUUUAUCAGAGCGAGUCAUCGAAAAUCGAAAUUUUCCUCAUUGUAGGUAUAAAGGAAAAUGAUGUAAGUGUAAAAUUUUCCAUAUAACUUGGCGCCUUUUCGUUUUAAUAAGAGUUUAAUUAAAAGACACAUUAAGCUACAAUGAUGUCAGACACAUUUUCUAGAACUGAAAUAAUAGGGUUAGUGGUGCGUUUAACAUUAGUGUCCGCAGUUACGUUUCUCAGUAUCAAAUGGUUAAUGAAUCAGGUGGAUCCCACUAACAAAAGUAAGAAGAAGGCAAAGAAACGAGCACAAGAACAGCUACGGAGGCUAGCCGGCAGUGGUAAUACUCCUCUGUCCGUGGACAAACUUAGUGAUUACGAGAUGAUGAUCGCAGCACACUUGGUGCACCCGGAGGAUAUCCUGGUAACUUGGGAGGAUAUAGCCGGUUUACAAGGUUUAGUGCAAGAACUACGUGAGACCGUUAUUUUACCCAUACAAAGAAAGGAUCUUUUCACUGACUCUCAGCUGACUCAGCCGCCGAAAGGUGUACUGCUCCACGGACCUCCGGGCUGCGGUAAAACGCUAAUCGCAAAGGCGACCGCGAAAGAAGCGGGGACACGUUUCAUUAAUCUCGACGUUUCAAUUCUCACCGACAAGUGGUACGGCGAAAGUCAGAAGCUGGCGGCCGCAGUCUUCACGUUAGCCGUCAAGUUGCAACCUUGCAUUGUGUUCAUUGAUGAGAUCGACUCGUUUUUAAGGAUGCGGAAUAGUACGGAUCACGAGGCGACCGCGAUGAUGAAGGCGCAGUUCAUGUCAUUCUGGGACGGACUAUCUACCGAUUCGAGUUGCACAGUUAUCAUAAUGGGUGCUACAAAUCGUCCACAAGAUCUGGACCGCGCGAUUCUACGACGCAUGCCUGCCACUUUUCAUGUUCCGAUGCCGAAUGCGCCUCAGCGCUUACAAAUACUGCAGUUAAUUUUAGAGAACGAGCCAGUUUCCAGUGAAGUCAAUUUAACGACCCUCUCAAAGUCAACUGACGGAUUCUCGGGCUCCGAUUUACGCGAGCUCUGCAGAAACGCCUCCGUGUACCGUGUACGUGAUUACAUGCGUAAUGUGCCCGCUAACGAAGAAGCUUGUAUUAGUAAUAGAAACGCUAUGACCGAUUCAGAGGAUGAAUUUCAUGAUGCGCUACGUCCGAUCACUAUGGACGAUUUAGUGAAGUCGUUAAAUAAAAUGAAGGAGUCAAAAAUGCACUGCGGUUCGUUGCCCGUUCCAAGAUUAGAUUUAGAUUAGCCGCGCGUAGAUAUUUUAGUGAAACAUCUAGCAGAAUACGAGCAAUACAUAGCGAAGUAUGAGAGGGUUGCAAGAUUAUUUGAUCGCGUUGUCACUAGUAAGGCGAUUAAGUAAUUUCUUGUAAUUUGUAAAUAAAUGGUACUGUUGAUGUUUAAGAAUGUUGCUUUAAGUUAUCGAUUGUGUAUGAGAGGACUUACUGUGUACUGUUUGUCACUAUUCAUCGUAUGUUUAAAACUGAGCAUGACUAUUUUAGUUGAAUUAAGUAUUUUUAUUUACUUCUAGUACCGAAUUUGCGACAGUUGACAUCUUUUAAAGAGCAAAUUAUGUUUGUAAUUGUUUACGGCAUUGUUUUAAGUUUUCACUUCAAGUAUUACAUGUGUUAUUGUCUGGGGGAAGAUACUGAAACAAUAAAAGGAACAUUUUUAUGUAGAUGCAA